UUCACUCCAGUGCUGCUCCACACAGACAGAAAGAGCUUAUGUGCGAGCCGUGUGAACAUAAGCUGCAAAAUCCACAUGAAAAAGGGACCAAUGCUGAAGGCAGAGCUACGACAGAGAGAAGAGGACAUAUGAUAUUUUUGUCUUUGGUGUGGAGCUGAACAAAUGCACACUGGCAGAACAGAAAAGGAUUAUCAUAAUGGACUAAGAUGUUUAUGGCAAAAAGAAGAAACAGUAUUGUUCGUUUUUGUUAGCAUGGAAAGGCAAAGGUCAAGCACGAUUUGGACCAUCAAAGGAAUGCAGUGAAGAUGGUGAUUUUGUAAAAAUAAAAACAACUAUAUUCCAACCUUUCAAUUAUACUUUGACUGUUCAGGUCAUAAAGUCAUUUGGAGUAUUUUUGUGGAUAAGUUGUUGCAAGCAUGCUGUGUGGCCUGAGAAGAGACACCAAGAGCAGUAUUGAUGAGGGACCAUACUCAAAGGGAAACAAGGACUUGGGACCAUGUGACCAAUCACAUUCCACCCAGCGGCACAGUCUUUCAGAGGAGUACAGAGGAGUGACCACUGUUGAGCUGAUGAAAAGAGAAGGGAGCAGCCUCGGCCUCACCAUCUCUGGAGGAUCAGACAAAGAUGGAAAACCCAGAGUGUCCAACCUGCGUCCAGGUGGGCUUGCUGCCAGGAGUGACCAGCUGAAUGUGGGGGACUACAUCAAGUCGGUCAACGGCAUUAACUUGUCAAAACUUCGUCAUGAUGAGAUUAUCAGUUUGCUCAAAAACAUUGGAGAGAGAGUCGUGCUGGAGGUGGAAUAUGAGCUACCCCCGUUUGUUCAAAACCCCUCAGGAGUCAUCACCAAGACUAUAGAUGUGUGUUUACACAAAGAGGGAAACAGCUUUGGAUUUGUAAUGAGAGGAGGUUUCCAUGAAGACUGGCGCAGGUCCCGUCCUCUGGUUGUCACCUAUGUCCGCCCUGGUGGUCCUGCUGACAGAGAGGGCACACUGAAAGCUGGUGACCGUUUGUUGAGCAUUGAUGGGAUGCCGUUGAACAGGGAGAAACACGCUGACGCUUUGACCGUCCUGAUGCAGAGCGCUCAGGAGGCUCUGUUCCUGAUCGAGUACGACGUCUCUGUCAUGGAGGCAGUACAACAAGCCUCGGGCCCUCUGCUGGUAGAGAUAGUGCGGGGCCUGUCGUCGAGCCUGGGGAUCAGCCUCACCACAGCCAUCUACAGGAACAAACAAGUCAUUAUUAUAGACAAGAUCAAGCCAGCCAGCGUGGUGGAAAGGUGUGGUGCUCUGCAUGUUGGGGACAUUAUAUUGGCCAUAGAUGGGACCAGCACAGAGCACUGUUCAUUGAUGGAGACCACGCAGCUCCUUGCCAGCUCUGGUGAUGUCAUCAAAUUGGAGAUUCUUCCAGUCAAUCAGAGUAGACUUCCUCUCAGGCCACAAGAUGCAGUAAAAGUGCAGAAGAGCAACCAUCACCAUCACUGGGACCAAAGCUUCUGCCAUCCCCCACAUGUGAGCCACAGCAAAACAUGGAGCAGCCCCAGCCACCCACACAACCAUCAGGACCACUGCAAAUCCCUCGUGAGUGGUGGCUUCUCCCCUUCCUCCACAGUCACUUCAGGCUUCAGCAGCCAGGGGAGCAACACUCUGCCCUGUCCCAGCGCUCCUGUUGCCCCCACCAGCCCCCGCAGCUCUACGGGCCGCAGGAGGGCCAGGAAGAAGGAUCACAAGAGCUCAUUGUCUCUGGCCUCUAGCUCUGUGGGGCCUGGAGGUCAGGUCUUUCAUGUGGAAACAAGUGAGGUGGUCCUGAGGGGAGAUCCACUCACAGGUUUUGGGAUCCAGCUUCAGGGAGGUGUCUUUGCCACAGAGACUCUAUCCACUCCCCCAGUCAUUCGCUUUAUUGAGCCCGACAGCCCGGCCGAAAGGUGUGGGCUGCUGCAGGUCGGAGACAGACUUUUAUCUAUAAAUGGGAUUCCCACUGAAGACGGCACUUUGGAGGAGGCUCACCAGCUCCUCAGAGACUCUGCUUUGGCCAACAAAGUCACAUUGGAGGUCGAGUUUGACAUUGCAGAAUCUGUGGUCCCCAGCAGUGGCACUUUUCAUGUGAAACUUCCCAAGAGAAGAGGGGUCGAGCUAGGCAUUACCAUCAGUGCCAGUAAAAAAAAUGGAAAACCGCUUGUCAUCUCUGAAAUAAAGAAAGGAAGUAUAGCACACAGAACAGGCACUCUGGAGCCGGGAGACAGAUUGCUGGCCAUAGACAGUGUUCGUCUGGAGCACUGCACAAUGGAGGACGCCAUGCAUGUCCUAAAUCAGGCUGAAGACAUGGUCAAACUACGGAUACAGAAGGAUGAGGACAAUAUUGAUGAGUUGGAAAUGUCUGGUUCUAUAAUCUACACUGUUGAAUUGAAGAGGUACAAUGGGCCACUGGGCAUCACUAUUUCUGGCACAGAGGAGCCUUUUGACCCCAUCGUAAUUUCUGGCCUGACCAAGAAGGGGCUGGCAGAGAGAACAGGGGCCAUCCAUAUAGGUGACAGGGUCCUGGCCAUCAAUGGAGUCAGUCUCAAAGGGAAACCUCUGAGUGAAGCCAUCCACCUUCUUCAGAUGGCGGGAGAGUCGGUCACACUCAAGAUCAAGAAGCAAACAGACCAUUCUGAUACUAGGCGGUUGCUGUACAGGGAAGGUGGAUAUCUCUGUGACCUGGAUGAUGAGUUGACAGAGUCCCACAAAACCAGUAAACUGUCUGAGGCCUACUCUGCUACAGUGCCCAGUGUGGACUCUGCCAUGAGCUCCUGGGAUGGGUCAGGCUUUGACACAGGCUACAGCAAUCAAGGUACAUAUCUUCACAAACCCUCUGACUUCUUGCUAAAUGCCAGUGACUGGCAACAAUCAAAGCACAGGAGUCAAUCAAGCUCCAACUCUGUAGGCAUGUCCCAUCACACCAUGUUAUUUGACACAAGGUUUACUGAAGAUGAGUGGGACAAAGUACCAGGAUUUAUCAGCCCUCCCCGUUGCCAAGGGAAACUGAACCACUCUGAGGACUCAAGUUUUUGGUCCCAGGCCUUGCAGGACCUGGAGACCUGUGGCCAGUCCGAGAUCCUCCGGGAUCUGGAGGCCUCAAUGACGGGUAGUGCUUUCAGCCUGUAUCUGGAAGAGAGUAAAACUCUUGAUGACUCAAUGUUUCAGUCUGAAAAGUCUCCUUAUAAAAAACUGGAAGACCUGGAGUCAAAGAACAACAAACUCAACAAAUUUAACAUGUCCAACGGACCCAGCAAAAUCUCCAAGAUGGAGGACAAUAAGGAGGACAAAUCUGAUGGUCUGGUUUCUGCAGCCCUUGAACUACUCAAGGUAACAAUCAGGAAAGAUGCAGAGAGCCAUGACUUUGGUUUCAGUGUUUCCGAUGGACUUCUAGAGAAGGGAGUGUAUGUGAACAUGAUCCGUUCAGAGGGACCGGCUGCUCAGGGAGGACUAAAACCCUACGACCGCAUCCUCCAGGUGAACCGUGUUCGGACCAGGGACUUGGACUGCUGUCUGACAGUGCCUCUCAUUAUGGAGGCUGGGGAGAGCUUGGACUUGGUCAUUAGCAGGAAUCCGCUGGCGGCGGGGAACACUGGGCUGUUGGACAAGUACGGCGACUCCACAAACUCAUUAUUCAACUUUUCUGAGCCUAGGACCAACAGCAUCGCCCUCUGAAAAGUCAGACUUUUAAUGUUUUAACAAAGACCAAUUAUUGUUUGUUUCAUUGAUACACAGCAACAAGCUGCAUAUUAGUAUUUUCACUUCUGGCUUUGAGACAGACAUUGAUUUAAGUUCAACCUUAAUAUUGCCCAUAUUUAUCAAACCUCACUGCUGAGGGGGGAUCUGGAGAUCACUUGUUAUGUCUGGGGACAUCACAUGUUUUCAAAUGCAUUUAUUCACUAUUGCCAAUUAAACAAGUUUUAUCGCCACCUUAAAAUGACCCCCUUUACACUAUAUAUUUCUGUAGAUAGUCACUAUAGAUGGAACACUGCCUCAUUGCUUUCACUGUAUUUCCAAGUUAACACACAAAGUUAACUUGGACGAUUGAGGGUCUACACAGACACACACAUUCACACCUCAUUAUUACCUCACAUCACCCUUUUAUAUAGCAUAUAGGCAGAUCUAUUUAUAUCUGUCCCCUAUACCGAAGAUGCGCUGCCUUGAAACCACAAACUGCAUGUGUGUCCAAUCCCGCCUGUUGUAGACACAUGAGCAGCUGUAGGGCAGCCCACUCCCCUGAGUUUCAAAGGCAAAGCCACCGCAUGAAUAAGGUUAUAUAACAAGGGAGUCAUUGGUUCUGACUGAGCCAGGAUGUCAGAGUGCACGCCUCAACUCCCCAAAGCAUUUGAACACAACACACUUCUUAGGUUUCCAUCUCUCAGUUCAGUUGAAUUUUGCACAUUUUCCUUAUUGCUAACAACAAAAACUCAGUUGGAUUUUUCAGGGUCUGUCUUAAUGUCGAGUUAUUUUGGUCCUUGGCUCAGUGCCCUGGUUUCCAUUGGACAGUUUCUUAUAGGUGCCAGGCACAUAGUAUUAAAUGUAUUUUAAAGCCACUCAAUUGUACCAUUACAAUACCAGGAAUGCUUGCCCUUUUAAAUGAAAAAUGUCCCAGAUGGUUUAAUGUUUUGUGAAUGCCCCUAGAAAACCAAUGAAUUUAUCUUUCUGCACAAGCUUCGCAGUUUGGGUUUCUGCUCAGCCCAUUUAAACCACAAGUUUUGCACAACUGACUUUUGUUUUAUCACAUGUUCUCACAUUUGUUCUCCACACUUUUCCUUUGGCUUGUUGUACACUGUAUGUUUUAAGCAUUAUUUGGUUCCUAUAGUUUACUGUAGCUCUAAGCAUGUUAUGCAUGCUCACGAUUUGUCCUUAUGGGGGUCAGAACAUAUCCCUGUUCUCACACACACACACACACACACACACACACACACACACACUGCAAGUUUACAGAAGGGGGAUUAAGAUUUCAUAACCAUGAUGCACUUUAAAAGAUAAUUUCUGCAGCUGUAAUCUCAAGAGUCAAACAUACUUGGCUACCACUGCCUUUUGUUUUUCUAAUGGCUUUUUUUUUCCCUCAAAGUUUUGGUUACAGAUAAUGAAACAAAUGAUUAUCCAUUAUAUAGGGUCUUGUUUGUUAAAUUGUCUUAAUGUUUUAUGCAAUUAAAGUAUGAAACCAUAGUCUGAUUAAUUUG